CUAAAUUUAACACUUCCGGAUCAAUCUACUUUCGAUUUUUUUUUUCUGUUAAUACAAUGUCUUCAAGCAAAGAAGAUAUAUUAAUUCAAGACGAUGGUCGCGAUUUCAGCUCUUCGGAAUUAGGAACUAAAAAAUAUUGGGACAAUGCAUAUGAAAGAGAACUGAAGAAUUAUAAAGAGAUAGGUGAUGUAGGAGAAAUAUGGUUUGGAGAAGAUAGUCAAGAUAGAAUAAUACGUUGGUUAGAUAGACAAGAUGAUAUAAAUAUAAGAGAUUCUAUAUUAGAUAUAGGUACUGGUAAUGGUGUUAUGUUGAUAGAACUGGCAAAGUGUGGCUUUACAGAUUUAACUGGACUAGAUUAUUCACCCUCAGCUAUUCAGCUGGCUAAAAAUAUAGCAGAUUCGGAAAAAAUUGGUUCUAUUAAUUAUCAUGUAGCAGACAUGGCUCAGCCUAUUACAACAGAAACCAAUAAUACAGCUUUAAAGAAGAAAUAUCAGAUAUGUGUUGAUAAAGGAACAUUUGAUGCCAUUAGUUUGAUGGACACACAAUAUACAAAGGCUAGAGAUGUCUAUGUUCAAAAUGUACACAAACUGUUAAAUUCAGAGGGAAUAUUUGUAAUAACAUCUUGUAAUUGGACAAAAGAACAACUCUUGGAUAUAUUUGCAUCAGAUUUCAUUUUUUUUAAAGAUAUACCUACCCCAACAUUUAAAUUUGGUGGACAAGUGGGAAAUAAAGUAACAUCCUUGGUUUUAAAACCUUCCUAAUGAAAGACUUCUAUAGUGAGAAAAACAUUUGUUGUCUAUCUUUUAAAACAUCGGUCAAAAAAACUUUUGGACAUGAACUUGAGUGUGUAUUUGCAAUAUCAAGAGUGGUUACCAUUAAGAAGUUUCACUAUCAAGACAUCAUCAAAUUCAGUUAAAUGUUAAAGCUCACUAAGAUUAUAGAAAUGUAUAUAAACUGAAAACAUUACAAUUUAAUCUGACAGAAACUUAAUAAAUGAGUUGUCCCUGGA